AUGACAAACGAACAGCCAGCAGAAUCAGUGACAUUGAGUAUUGGAAACGACGACGAUGGCAAUGACUCGCUCGAGCCAUUUUACGAAGAGCUGCUUUCACUUUCUUUCCCAGAUAGUGUAACGGCUAUCGAUCACUGCCGACACCUUUGUGCACAAUACGGAUUCACAGUCAAACGAGAAGCGAGUACACAUCGUAAUAUUUAUGUUUACUGCUCACGAGAAGGGAAGCCAGACUCAGUACGUAACCCCAAAGGCAGCCCAAAACGUAAACGACCUUCAAAGCGGUGCGAUUGUCGAUGGUGUAUUGUCUUAUUUGAGCGUGAUGGACAAUGGGAAUUUCGUAAAUCACUCAACCCUGAAGCUGCCAGGCACAACCAUCCACUCAUGCGACCCGAAGAAAUCGAAAGCAAUUGGUCUCAGGAUAUGAUCGACUUUAUUUAUCAACUUGCACGCACACAAUUAUCAACAGCCGACAUCCGUACUCGAGUACAAGCACGCUAUCCUCAUGUUGCAUGGAAAGAAAGGAGGUUUUAUAAUCGAUUGUCGGAGGAACGCCAACGUUUUAGACAACAUGAGGCAACAACGAGAACAAGACAUCUCACAUCAUUAUGGAGCAAGGUAUGCAUGGCAGCUGCUGGAAACGAUGAAUUGGCUAGCUACGUGGAAACACAGCUUGGUGAAUUACUCCAAAACACCUGUCAAAUGGCAAGAAUCGAUCCCACUAUGCUACACGACGCCAUCAUUCAAGGUGAAUCGCACCCACAAGAUACUGCCCCAAUGGAUAAUCCAAUGACAUCAACACAACAACAGGAGAUCGGUAGCAACAGCAGUAGUAGUGGUGUAUCGUUGCCAAGGCAACGUUCCACUAGCAGCCACCAACCAUCAGCAACAACCAAGGAUGAGGAAUUGACAACAAAUGUACCAAGGGGAUUUAUACGUGUGACGAUACCACAGCAAACGUAUUUCGUCAAAGUGCAUAAUCAUCGAGCGACGCACGAUAUCCAAAUGUCAAUCAACAAGCGCAGCACCUCUUUUUCGGUUGCAGAUCCACCCCGCAAAAUGUCGAAAGCUUCUAUCAUACCAGCGGUUUCACGGGAUACCCCAUCGGUCUUGACUCACAACACCGCCAGCAGUAGCCCCACCCCACCACCCUCCUUCAUUUAUCCACUCACACCCCAUAUGCCAACAACAGCAGGAACUUACCAACUCCAAUCAUUUCCCACCCAUUCGUACAUACCACAACAACCUCUUCAUGUAACUACCUUUUUUGAUCACCACACUCAUCCUACAUAUCAUCGCGCAGGCGCAUCACCACAUCAACAACAACAACAACCAUCCCUUCCACCACCUCCACCACCAUUACCACAACAACAACACCCGCCUAGUAGCACUAUGACUACGGAUACGAUAUUGAUGCAACAUCAAGCCUCUCUUAUUCAUCAUACUGCUACACCACCCUCCAUUGUACAUCAUCCUACAGGGAAUGAUCCUCGAGAUACAACGGGUGGAGCCUAUGUUAUGUUUGCCGAUACUACUACGACUACUACAAGAGCAACCCCUCCCGAUGCAAGUUUGCUUAUGCGACAACAACAACAGCAACAUGGUUUGUACGAUACAUCCAAUCAAACAUCACCAUCUACGCCGAUGCCCCAUCCACCCCAUCCUCCUAGUGAUCAUCAUCAUCAUCAUCAUAUUCAACCAUGA